AACCAAAGAUCUGGAUGUUGACAACUUCCAGAAUUGUUUCCGGGCCAUCACUUCACUAUUUCCUCCCUCGAUUGAUCAUCUUUUAAUUAGUCUAGUCUAUUACACCAUGAAGCUCUUUGCGCUCUUGCAGCCCCUUUUGCUGGCAUUGGGAAAGAAGCCUACCCACUGGUUCUUGGACGGAAACAAUAUUUUGGCUCACGGGAAAACAGUCAAAGAUCGAGAGGCCCUGGUCGCAACACUGAGGGAUGUCAAGGCGGAGGAGGUGAUUUUGGUUUUCGAUGGAAAAGCAGGUCAGCAAACCAACAUUGCUCAAGAAGAUGCUCUGCGCACGGUGGAUCUUGGAGAAGGACUGGAAUCUGACGACUACAUCAAGGAGGAAAUUGAGAAAUUUCUUCAAGACCCAAAGACCAGAAGGAAGCAUCGAGUCAACUUGGUCUCUGCAGACAGAGAGCUCCGACGAAAGGCAAAGAGUUUCAAGCCCAUUGUUCGGACCGUCGUGAAUCCUGUCACAUUCUUCAAAAAGUACCUUCCGAGAUUGAAAGGACUCAAGGGCCCAAACGACAACCUACCCCAAAGUGAUGAUCAGGAAUAUUGAGGCAUACCGCUAUCAAUAAGCAGGAUGAUGAGAGAUGAAAUAUCAGUUUUCAAAAAGUGGGCCAACGGGCGACUAGAUAACAUGUUAGUGGUACCGAACGCUGUACAAACAAAACAAUUUCAAAAUGUCCCAUUGACAUUCACCAAUCCAUCGACAAUAGACGAUACUAAACUGAACAACCAUUUCUAAAUAUCUGCUUCUUGAGUCGGAAU